AUGCCAAGAUUCUUGCGACACAUGCAAACGAGUCGCUUCACAUGCUCGCCGGAAAUAUUUCGCCAAUUCGGAUAUCUGUACCUCGUACCUUCGACGUUCAACAUGGACGACCGAUUCAAAGCGCUCCUCGAGCUCCUGGGCGAGGAAAACCUGCCACCUUGCAUGCCAACACCUCCGCCUGAAGAGUCCCUGGACGAACCUGAGACUCUGUCGCAGACCGCUUCGGCGAGCAAUUCACCAAAUGCUUAUCCAGCUCCCCAAGCACUUCGCGCACCCCUGCGACCGAGAUGGAAGUUCUUGCUGAUCUGCUGCUCGUUCAGCGCGUCACCGCCACGAGUCGAUAUGUCGUUCGGACGAAACCAAAAUUCCAACGUCGCCUCUUUCUGGAGGAGGGCGAUCUGGACGACGUGCAUGAAGACGAAAUGGCAGAGGACACACGUUACAUUGAAGAUCUGGCCGCAUUCCCAGACGACUGGAUGGAAGAAUCAGGACGAGAGAAGCGACAAGGACAAUCGAUACGAAUUGACGGACGAGGAGAUUGAGCAUGUGGAGGAGAUCUGCGACGGGGAGUACGUGGAGCGCGGCUGGCUGGAGUCAGUCGACUAA